GUAUUUUGACCAUCCAGAAAAUCAACAAUCUAGUUCAAAUCAUCAACGCCAGCCCAAACCCAGUUCAGAAACAAAAUUAUCUUCCCUAACAGUGGACCCCAUUUGCUUCGUCCCGACCAGUUAACCAACCACACAGAUUUUUUUUUUUUAAUCCUUCAAACAAAACCCAGACGAAGUAAUUCCCUGGAAACAACCCAAACUUUGGUCGGCACUUCUUUUCUUUCUGAUUUUUUUUUUAAUUUCUUUUUCUCCAUAACAAAUGGGUUAUAAAACUUCCACGUACAAAUCACCAACAGUUAACUUUACCCUGGCCGUUGAACCUCCAGUUUCACUCACCGCCUUCAAAGAUUUUUUUUCCUUUGGAGCAACAGUUUGUCGGCUUAAACCCUUCAAAACCCCCCUUCCACCCCAUUUUUUUUUUCAUUUUUAUCGAACCUUGGAAUUGAAACCCAGGAUCUCUUUCCAAAACCUUCUUCAUUAUCUUAAAAAAACGAAAUGAAUCCAGACGAAGAAAAACGCUCUCCGAAUUCCCUUCCAAACCUACCCCAAACGUCGACCUUCCCUUCCUCAUUAAUGGAACUGGAAACGUUUUCAAGUGGCGUGCCUCAGCCUUUGGAAAUUCUUCAUGGGAACCCAGUGCCGCCAUUUUUGUCGAAAACGUUCGAUUUGGUGGAGGACACGUCGUUGGAUCCGAUCAUCUCUUGGGGUCCGACGGGACAGAGCUUCGUGGUUUGGGACCCGGUCGAAUUCUCUAAGUUCAUACUUCCUCGGAAUUUCAAGCACAACAAUUUCUCCAGCUUUGUUCGUCAGCUCAAUACUUAUGGAUUUCGCAAAAUCGAUACUGAUAAGUGGGAAUUUGCAAACGAGGCUUUUCAGCGAGGGAAGAGGCAUCUUUUGAAGAAUAUUCAGAGGCGUAAGUCGCCUCAAUCGCAACAGGUUGGUAACUAUUUUGGAUCUUCUACUGAAGCAGGGAGGUCUGGAGUGGAAGGUGAAAUAGAAAGGUUAAGGAAGGAGAAGAGCAUGUUAAUGCAGGAAGUAGUGGAACUGCAGCAGGAGCAGCAGGGUACGGCUCGGCAUGUCGAAGUAGUGAAUCAGAGGCUUCAAUCAGCUGAACAAAGGCAGAAGCAAAUGGUUUCUUUCUUAGCCAAGUUAUUCCAGAAUCCGGCUUUCUUGGCACGCCUUAGACAAAAAAAGGAACAGGGAGAAAUCGGUUCUUCGAGGAUGCGGAGGAAGUUUGUAAAGCACCAGCUGGUUGAAUUGAUAGAUUCAGAAACACCUGCUGAAGGCCAGAUUGUGAAGUACUCCAAACUUGAUUGGAGAGACAUUGCUAUAUCCCCUUCAGCCCCAGAUAUAAUUCCGACUUCUGUUGAAAAAUCUCCAGAUUAUCUACCCAAGGGUGUAGCAGAAAUCGAUUUAGGUUCUGAAGGCUUUCCAUUUCCAGUUGAUGAUGAAGUAGUUGUAUCUGAUGAGUUGGCGACUGCACAUGGAUUUCUUGGAACCCCAGAGCUGGUAGGAGAAGGUACAUCAGGCAUGGGAAUCCAAGAUCUGAAAGGGAAGAAUGUAAUCGGUUCGGAACAAGUGGUUAAUCCAGGGUAUUUUAUAUCUUCCCCAGAGGAUUUAGUGAAGCAGAAAAGCACCCCAUAUUUCUCAUCUCCUAUCAGUGAGAGCGUUUCUAAACAAGAUGCAUGGAGCAUGGAUUUUGAUGCUACUGUUGGUAUGCCUAGUUCUAGGAACGAGUUAUGGGGUAAUCUUGAAACCUAUGACAUUCCCGAGUUGGGGGUAACUGGUGAGUUAUCUGAUGUCUGGGAUCUGGGAUUUUUGCAAGCAGCAGAAGAUUCAGGUGCUGAUAAAUGGCCGACUGAGGGAUAUCCUUUCGACAAUCCCCAUACUGAGAAUCAAGGUGGCCAGUCAGAAGCUAAUAGGUCUAAGAAAAUGGAUCCAUAAGGGUUCAUUUGCUUCGGCAGAUGAUGAUACCCUUGUGGAUCAUAGUUAAUCUUCAUUUACUAGGAUGAAUGAUUGAUUGGACAAUUGAUUUAUGAGCAUACUAAUAGAGUGCCGUUUUUCUUUAUCUAAUAUUAUGUCAUUACAGGUUUCUGUUCCUUUCUAUUGGUAAUUUCAAUUAUAAGCAAACCCUUGUGAACUGAAAAUUUCUGUUGCUGUCCUAUAUGAUGGGUUUCACUUGAAAUUGCAGGUUUUACACUCACCGGUGUGUGUUGAGUUAUGAAAUUGCAGGUUGAGUUGAAGUAUUAUACAUCCAUUCAACUUGUUGCCAUAUUCUUAGCAGUUGGCAUGCGACAUCCAGUCAGAGAACGACAUUGAUUGACAACAUAAUCAGUGCAGGGUUUACCGCAUCUGUUGGCAUAUAUGUUCUUGUAAACUCAUUUUAAAUAGCUUGUUAUUUGAUUGCAGACCAAAGUUAGAUAGAUGUCGAAAUUCUAAUCUGAAGAUACUUGGACAAUUCGGCACAGAACUCACCUUGUUAUCCAGACUUCAUUCUUCCUAAAGUAAAAAAUUCAGCAUACACGUCUCGAACACAUCUAUAUGAUAUUCCCAAAAAUAACACCGCGAAUUCAGCAGCCUCAGGAAGUAGUGUAGUUCUUAUAGAAAUUUGAUGAAUGGCCGUUUUGCUGUAUGCAGGUGCAUUUGUGACUUGGUGUUAAAACCCUCGUAGCAUAUCUCCUAUCGAUGCAGGUUGGCGGAGCAGCAACAAACAACGUCAAGAGGGGUUAACCGAUUACGAAGGAUCUCCAACAAAAUUGGUGAUUUCAGCAAUUUUUUCUGCCUCUAUAGAUAUCUUGCACGUUAUGUAGGAAGUAAAAGAGUGUUGGUCUGGUCUUAAGGCCAAUCAUACCUUUCAUCAAUCAUUAUAGCCAUGUCUCUUCCGCUGUACCAUGAAUUUUGAGAUAAUUUCAUUUGAAUUUUUCAUAACUAA